AGGAAUUGAAUUGAAUUAAUAUCUAGAGGGGUUUGUGUCUUUGAACACUUAAUGGACUGUAUAGCUACCUUCUCUUAUCCUUGAGGGGAAGACAAUGGAGGAAAAAGUAAGGCUCGCCCGUGGUGCAGUGAACUACAGAAGAAAUGAUGGAAAUAUCAAAUAUGCCGAACUUAACAAGUAAUGCCAAAGGAUGCUGAUCUGGCUUUCAAAGCUGCCUUUUUGGAAGGAACAGAAUUCCUUUGUACUCUGAUUCCAAAACUGUUUCCAUGCUUUUGUGUUUCCUCCCUGAUAGAUACAAGAGGAAGCACCUCAUCUCGUAUUGCUAAAGGAAUAGAGUACACCAAAAUGAGCCUCCAUGGUGCAAGUGGACAUGAGAGAUCAAGGGACAGACGCAGAUCAAGUGACAGAUCUCGUGACUCAUCCCAUGAAAGAGCAGAAUCUCAGCUCACUCCAUGCAUCAGGAAUGUUACUUCGCCAACAAGACAGUAUCAUUCUGAUCGAGAAAAGGAUCACAGUUCAUCUCGACCAAGCAGCCCUCGUCCUCAGAAGACCUCCCCCAAUGGUUCUGUUGUUAGCAUGGGGAACAGCAGCAGAAACAGUAGCCAGUCAAGUUCAGAUGGGAGCUGCAAGGCUGGUGGGGAAAUGGUAUUUGUGUAUGAAAAUGGAAAAGAGGGAGCUCGGAAUGUAAGAACUUCCGAACGAGUAACACUCAUAGUGGAUAACACAAGAUUUGUUGUGGAUCCUUCUAUCUUUACUGCACAACCUAAUACAAUGUUGGGCAGGAUGUUUGGAUCAGGCAGAGAACAUAACUUUACACGUCCUAAUGAAAAAGGAGAGUAUGAAGUUGCUGAAGGAAUUGGUUCCACUGUGUUUCGUGCUAUUCUGGAUUACUACAAGACUGGAGUGAUACGCUGUCCUGAUGGGAUAUCUAUUCCUGAGUUGAGAGAAGCAUGUGACUAUCUCUGUAUCUCUUUUGAGUAUAGUACUAUUAAAUGCAGAGAUCUCAGUGCUCUCAUGCAUGAACUAUCAAAUGAUGGUGCUCGCAAACAAUUUGAGUUUUAUCUAGAAGAAAUGAUUCUGCCAUUAAUGGUAGCCAGUGCCCAAAGUGGUGAGAGGGAGUGCCACAUUGUUGUGCUGACAGAUGAUGAUGUUGUUGACUGGGAUGAAGAGUAUCCCCCUCAAAUGGGGGAGGAGUAUUCGCAAAGUAAGUUUAUUUUCAUUGUUUCCACCAAGCCAUGCUAUG